GCCCCCGCGCGCCGCCUGCCCGGCCCGGCAUGCCCCGCGCCCGCAAGGGACACGCGCCCCGGAGGGGAGGACAGCGCCGAGGUGGGGGAGUUCGGGGCGGUACCCAGGCCGACUCUCCCUCCAGUGAUGAUGAAGCGACCAGUGAAGUGUUGAGUCACUACAGCAGUACAAGUGAGGGUGCCAGCAUUGCCGAGGAGAGCCUAGGCAAUGAAGUAGUCGAUGAGCAGGCCCAGCAAGAGGAGCUGGAAGAGAAGCUCAAGGAACGCGUGGACGAUGUGGCCGACAAGAGUGCCAAGACCAGGCUGGGUGCUUUGGAGAGCCUGCGCCUGGCAUUCUCCUCCCGGGUGCUCCUGGACUUUGUACUGGAGCGCCGCCUCACCCUCACAGACUCCCUCGAAAAGUGCCUCAAGAAAGGGAAAGGAGAGGAACAGUCUCUUGCUGCAACUGUGCUGACCCUCCUGUGCCUUCAGAUGGGUUCAGGGCCCGAGGGAGAGGAGCUCUUCCGAAGCCUGCGGCCCCUGCUCGUCAGCAUCCUUACUGAUACCUCCGCCAGCCUUGGAGCUCGGCACAGUUGUGCCACAGCCCUCGGGAUGUGCUGUUACAUUGCUGCUGCUGAUGUGGAGGACCUCAUCUCAUGUCUGGCCUGCCUCGAGGGCAUCUUCAGUGGGGCCUGUAGGGAGGAGUCAUCCUCCGCCCUGGCACCCCUUCAAGCCCUGCAUUGCUGUGCCCUCCAGGCCUGGGCCUUACUCCUUACAAUCUGCCCUGGCUCCCACAUCAGCAGGGUGCUGGACAGCCAGCUGCCCCAGCUGCCCCAGCUCCUCUCCAGGGACAGCGUGCACCUUCGCAUCGCAGCAGGGGAGACUAUCGCCUUGCUCUUUGAGUUGGGCCGAGACCUAGAGGAGGACUUCCUGUAUGAGGACACCGAUACCCUGUGCAGCACCCUCCGAGCCCUGGCCACGGACAGCAACAAGUACCGGGCCAAGGCUGAUCGGCGGAAACAGCGCUCCAUCUUCCGGGAUGUGCUGCACUUCAUCGAGACUGGAGAGUGCCAGGAAGAGACAAUCAAGUUUGGACUGGAAUGUAUGUAUGUGGACAGCUGGGUCCGACGCCGGACAUAUGCAGCAUUUAAGGAGACCUUAGGCUCUGGUGUCCUCCACCACCUCCAGAACAAUGAGCUGCUUCGAGACAUCUUUGACCUGGGACCGGUAUUGGUGCUGGACGCUGCUGCCAUGAAGGCCAGCAAGAUUUCCCGCUUUGAGAAGCACCUCUACAAUUCAGCCGCCUUCAAAGCCCGGACAAAAGCGCGUAGUCGUGUACGGGAUAAGCGUGCAGACGUGCUAUAAGCACAAGGCCUCCCCCCGCCCUGGGGCAGGUGGAGGAGGCUGCUCUCAUCCCGGUUUUUAUAUAGAGAAACAAGGUGGCCUGGCUCCCCGGGGGGCCUCUGCUUUAUUUUUUUAAUGUCAAAACCAAAUAAAGGUAUCAGGGUGGGAGGGCUGCCCUGGUUUCCCCUCAACCCUCUGCCCUCAGCUCCCCUUUCCUCCAGCUCUCUCCUCCUGUCUCCCCUUUGCCCAUCUCUCCUGCUGGGCCAGGGUUUGAUUUGGGCCACGGGAAGAUUGAUUACCUUUUGUGCCUGGCUGUCCUCGGGGGGAGGUAUCGAUGUCACAAUGAUGUCAAGGAAGGAGGGAAUUCAGAGGCUCCCCAGGCUGAGGAGUGAAUGGCUGGGGAGUCCUAUCUCCCUCUCUUCCAGCUGCUUUUUCCCCAGGACUGACCAACCACUCCGUCUCCCUCGGAGUGAGCUGCAGGAUGGAACCGCAGGGGGUCCCUAACCUGGAGGGCCCCAUCCUCCCCCAGGCCUUAACACAUACUCAGUGUAGUCUCCACCCUCCCGCACCUUAGCUAUGCUGGAGUGGGAGGGAAACAGGGAAGGGGACUUUCUGGAAUAGAUGUAUGUGUUGAUUUUAUAAGAAGAUUAAUAUUAGAGAUAAUUAAAUAAGACCAUACCUGCUG